GUUUUUGUGCUUCUUUAGAGUUUGUGUGAAGAAAUCGACUCAGGAGCGCUUGGCCCUGAAGAUUCUAAUUGAUCGACCCAAGGCCAGAAAUGAGGUGCAUCUACAUAUGCUGUGUGCCAAGCAUCCAAACAUUGUGCAGAUCCUUGAAGUUUAUGCCAACAGUGUCCAGUUCCCACAUGAGUCCAGCCCGAGAGCCAGACUACUUAUUGUCAUGGAGAUGAUGGAGGGAGGUGAGCUGUUCCACAGAAUCAGUCAGCACCGACACUUUACUGAAAAGAUGGCCAGUGAGGUCACGAAGCAGAUCAGUCAAGCCUUGGAACACUGUCACUCCCUAAACAUUGCACAUCGUGACUUGAAGCCUGAGAACCUACUUUUCAAAGAUAACUCCUUGGAUGCUCCUGUGAAGCUCUGUGACUUUGGUUUUGCCAAAAUUGAUCAAGGAGACUUGAUGACCCCUCAGUUUACUCCAUACUAUGUAGCACCUCAGGUACUUGAGGCUCAAAGAAGACACCAGAAGGAAAAGUCUGGAAUUAUACCUACCUCACCCACUCCUUAUACCUAUAACAAGAGCUGUGACUUGUGGUCUCUUGGUGUGAUCAUCUACGUAAUGCUGUGCGGCUAUCCUCCCUUUUAUUCCAAGCACCACAGUCGCACCAUCCCCAAGGACAUGAGGAAAAAGAUUAUGACAGGCAGCUUCGACUUUCCUGAAGACGAGUGGAGCCAGAUCUCUGAGAUGGCCAAGGACAUUGUGCGAAAGCUGCUGAAGGUGAAGCCAGAGGAGAGGCUGACUAUUGAAGGAGUCUUGGCUCACCCUUGGCUAAACUGCACUGAAGCCCUUGACAAUGUGCUGCCUUCUGCUGCGAUAAUGAUGGACAAGGCGGUAGUUGCUGGAAUCCAGCAGGCCCAUGCAGAGCAGCUUGCCAACAUGAGGAUCCAGGAUCAGAAUGUUAGUCUGAAACCCCUGAACUCUGUCAACAACCCAAUCCUCAGGAAGCGCAAAUUAUUAGGUCCGAAGCCCAGUGACAGUUUCUUUAUUCAUGAAACUGAGAAUGGACGGGAAGAUUCCAAUGUAGCGCUGGAAAAACUCAGAGAUGUCAUUGCACAAUGCAUAUUACCACAAGCUGGAGAAAACGAGGAUGAGAAGCUGAAUGAGGUGAUGUAUGAAGCCUGGAGGUUCAACUGUGACUGUAAACUGUUGAGAGACGGACUGCAGGGUCUCAGCUGGGACGGAAGAACCUUCUCUGACAAAGUUGACCGCUUGAAGUUGGCUGAAAUUGUGAAACAGGUUAUAGAGGAAAAGACAAAUCUCCAAGAAUCUCAUUAGCAAAUGCUGUGCUCGUUUUCUAUAUUGCUUAAUAUGACCCUUUUUAAGUCAUCUGUACAAACGCUUUUUAUGUAAAUAGAUGUACUUUUUUUGUAAAGCAAAUUCACUAGCAAGACCUGUUGUACAGCUAUAGAUAUAUUUCAGAGAAGACUCAUUGGUACUAUAAUUUUUUUAAUAUAUACUUGCAAAGAACAUGGAAAAAAAAAAAUCUAUUUUCAGUUUUGCAAAAAAAAAAAAAAAAAAAAAAGGGGGGUGAAAAAAAAAUUACUUAAAUUAUUUUCUAGGAUGUUUUUUAUUAUCUGCUUGUCCAAGUUGUCACAUUUUUUAAUCCUACAUAUUUAAUUUCAGUCAUUCUCAGAAUCUUAUUUAUUUAAAAUAUAGUCAGGUUUGUUAUGUAAUUUUGUUAGUUUUGAGGAGACUAGUAAAACUACAUUUUUGGGAAGCACAUGCAAUACGCAAAUAGAAAAAUGGAUGAUUCCAUUUCCCCAGAAUCUACAUUGGAUUUGUAAAAAUGGCAACUUAGUGGAAUUUUUUUUUUUUCAGUAUCUUAGGUUCCAGAUGACCUAGGACAAUGAUGUCCAAAGGCAUUACAGAAAGGGCCAAGACAGUGAUUAACAUCACUUUGAGCAGAUGGGAUAUGUUCAUCAGUGAAACCACCUACUGGAGUCGGUGGUUGCAAAGAAGACCUGCACCCUCGGCCCUUUCUGGAAUGUCUUUGGACACCACUGACCUAGGAAUUUGAUUCCAGUGUCUAAAUAUGCAUUUUCAGGGCCAAGCAAUCCAUCCAUCCAUCCAUUUUUUGUACCCGCUUACUCCAAUUAAAUGUCGCCGGGGUUUGCUGGAACCUAUCCCAGCAGUCACGAGGCAGGGUACACCUUGGGCAGGAUGCCAGUCUGUCGCAGGGCCUCAUAUAGACAAACAAACAUUCAUGCACACCUACAGACAAUUUAAAGUUUCCAAUCCACCUAACCUCCAUGUCUUUGGAUGUGGGGGGUUAUUGGAGCAUCGAAGGGAACCCACCCAAACAUGGGGAGAACAUGCAAACUCCACACAGAAAGGCCACAAUCAAUCCCAUGACCUUCUUGCAUGACCUUCAUUGUCCAGUUGUUUUAUAGCUUGUUGUAGCCUGGCAGUAGGUUUCUCAGUUGAGAGAAACUGUAAAAUCAAUUUUGUUCUUCCAUGCCCAUUCUGAACCUCAGAAUUUGUUUAAAUUAUUUGAAUCUUUAUUUUAGCUUAUGCAACUCCCUCCCUGACCUUUAGCAGGUUUUACAAAGGAAAAGUAACAAUGGAGGAAAUAACAUAUCAUUCAGACGAAACAGCAACCCCAAAUUCGUGCUUUUGUUUUAAUGUCUUGAUCGUACCAGGGCACUACAUAUAGAGCUGGAAGGCAGGACAGGCUGAAAUACUGAAGCGGUUUUCUGCCUCGUUCACAUCUUGUACAUUUCACUACCUCCCAUUUCAACAUAUAUCAAAUACGUUAAGCUUGCUGAUUUGAUGUAAAGAUGCAUCAGCUAGAAUUCAGAUUUGACCUUGUUUGUAUUUACAUCUCUUGGAAAGGAGACCUCGAAGGAGAAGUUGCGUUUCACUGCUGUAGCUCACCCUGGAUAUCUUAUUCCAUUUGUUUGCUUUCUGCUUCAUUUGUACACAUCAGGGUUGUGUUUGAGUGAAGGGGAUUACUGUAACUGACGAAAGUCAAAUCUUUGCAGAGUUGAUCUGCAGCUGGCACUCUUAGUCUGGUCUGGGAUUGGAUUAAAAAAAAAAAAACCAUCUGUAGCCAAUAUCCAUGAAUACGAUUUCAGCCAGAACAAUGCAGUAGGGUUGUAAUCACCUGCACACUUGUACAUGUGCUAUAUAUCAGUUAUGUCAGUAUUAAUAUACACAAACCUACUUCAUUUAAUGGGUUCUCCCGUCAGACUUCUCUGAUUAGUCCCACUUUUCAUUUAUCUAUUAGUUGUAAUUAAUCAGAAAGGUAAAAUUUUCACUGUGCUCCUUUUUUCGUGAUGCAGUUGUAUCUGAUAUCUUAAAAAGCUUUGAAAUGUGCAUGUUCUCUAGUUCAGUGCUUGAUUAUUGAUGUAUUGUGAUAUUUUUUUUUUAGUGUAGGUUUCUUUUGAAAUUUCCAUUUGAAGUCUUUAUACAGAAGAACUAUAUCUUGUUAAAAAUGUAUGCAAUUACUGUGUUAAUGUGUUUUUUGAAUGGAGUAAAACGCUGUACUUUCUCACAGGUUUGCAAACAGUGCAACCCCCCCCCCCACACACACAAGUUGCACCUGACAUCAGGAGAAAGCAUGAGCCUAAUUUUGUAUGUCUGUAACUGUUACUGCCUGACUUUA